UUAUUUGUUGUCUUUAAUCUCAUCUCUUACUCCAAGAGUUUCUCAGAUUUUCAGGAAUUAAUCCGUUUCCUGAGGUUCAGGAUCGAAUCAUACUGCUAAUUUAGAACCAAACAUUAUAUUGUAGCUUCAGACGGGGAGUACUAAGCUCAUACAUCUUCGCAAAAUUUGUUAAUAACAACUCGCAAAUAACGCUACUAAAUCCAAGAUAGAGAUUCUGUCUCCAUUUGCAAGGAAAUGGAGAUGGAGUCAGGAGUAGAUGUAGAUGAUCUUUUCUUAAAACUGCACCCAUGCAUGCCAACAACCACCAGGAUCGGCAUAGUGGGUGCAGGCCCAAGUGGACUUUCUGCUGCUUAUGCACUCAUUAAGCUUGGUUACUCUAAUGUCGCUGUUUUGGAGAAGCAUCAUUCUGCAGGAGGCAUGUGUGAGUCCAUUGACAUUCAAGGUAGAACAUAUGAUUUGGGAGGUCAAGUUCUUGCUGCAAACAGUGCUCCCACCAUCUUUCACCUGGCAAAAGAAGUUGGGGCUGAAAUAGAGGAAAUGGACACCCAUAAACUUGCUCUUGUUGACUCAGAUUGGGCAUAUACUGAUAUGAGAGUUGCAGAAGACUAUAUAUCUGUUAUUCCAAUAACUUUGAAGCUCCAGGAUGAGGUGAAGGCGACGAACAGAAUUGGAGUAUAUUCUGUGAGUGAGAUAGCCUCAGAUGUUACUCCAGAGUUUCUUAAGGAUAAGGGGUUGAAAUCUGUUCCAAAAUCAGUGGCUUAUGGAUACACAGCUUCUGGAUAUGGGUUCAUUCAGGAUAUGCCUUAUGCUUACAUCCAUGAAUUCAUCAGAACCUCAAUGGCAGGAAAGAUCCGCCGUUUUAAAGGAGGUUAUACGAGUGUUUGGAAGAAGCUAAGCGAAGCCAUGCCAAUAAAGUUUGAGUGCAAUACUGAAGUGCUAUCGAUCAAGCGCAACUCCUCUGGUGUCUGUGUUGAUGUCAGGCAUAGGAAUGGUGCUUUGCAGGCCAUGGAGUUUGAUAAAAUCAUAAUCUCGGGUGCUUUUCCCUUUCACAAUGGGAGAACUUAUAGAUCACCUUCCCAAAAAACAGCAGGAUUGUUUUGUGACAAAAUGGAUAUGAGCACACUGGAAAAGGAUCUGUUCAGCAAAGUACAAACAAUUGAAUACUAUACAUCUGUGUUGGAGAUAGAUGGAUUGGAGCACUUACCAAUGGGCUUCUACUACUUUGAGAACUUCAUGGAAGAUCCAGCAGCAAUUGGGAAUCCUGUUGCAAUGCAGAAAUUUUACACAGACACCAAUGUUUUCUUGUUCUGGUCUUAUGGAAAUUCUAUCGACAUUUUAGGAUCAGAGGUAAUGGAGCUUGCGAAAAAGGCUGUCAUAAAAAUGGGUGGUCAAGUCAAGAAGGUUAUUUUACAGAGACACUUCAAAUACUUCCCUCAUGUCAACUGUCAAGAUAUGAAAGAUGGAUUUUACGAAAAGCUGGAGACUCAACUGCAAGGCCAGCUUAACACAUACUAUGUUGGCGGGCUUAUGGCGUUUGAGUUGACAGAGAGAAAUGCAUCGUAUUCCAUGGCUCUAAUUCGCAAGCAUUUUGCAAAUGACUUGGUUGUUCCAACUUUCCCAUAUGUUAAGAGACUAUUUCCAUUGAAGUCGAGUUCUGAAGGCUUAGCUUUCAAGCAACUAGACGAAAUCCCUGGGGUGAAAUUUCCCGAGCUUUCUUCACUUGACAGCUAUUUGAGGCACUGGGGAACGCUCGGUGUUACAGAAAACAAGACCCUUUAUACUUGGCUCAAUGAGAAAGGAGAUGUGUUGGAUAGAAGGACUUACAAGGAGGUUCAUACAAAUGCGUUUACUAUUGCUCAGAAGCUCUUAACUUCUCAGAAACCAGCCAUUAAGCCUGGCGAUAAGGUCCUCCUGAUCUAUGUCCCUGGACUUGACUUCGUAGAUGCCUUUUUCGGGUGCCUGAGAGCAAGAGUCAUCCCGAUACCCACCAUUCCUCCCGAUCCAACACAACGAGGCGGUGGACAAGCACUUCUCCACAUUGCUAACAUCGCUAAAGUAUGCAAUCCGGUUGCUAUACUAUCCACCUUCAGCUACCAUGUAACUGUUCGUAUCAUGUCAGCGAAAAAUAUGUUAUUUGGUAAAAGCAAAGAUAAGUCCUCAAAUUCCUGGCCGGAUCUUCCAUGGCUACAUACUGACUCCUGGGUGAAGAAACCCAAACUUUUCAAGAAACCCAAAGAUGAACAAGGUCAGCCACUCUCAGAGGACUUAUGUUUUCUUCAGUUCACAUCAGGCUCAACGACUGAUCCUAAAGGAGUAAUGAUCACGCAUGGAGGUGUUAUCCACAAUGUAAAGUUGAUGAGGAAAAGAUACAAGAGCACAUCGAGGACUAUUCUAGUCAGCUGGCUCCCUCAAUACCACGAUAUGGGACUGAUCGGGGGACUUCUUACUAUUCUAGUGAGUGGUGGCUCUGGAAUACUAUUCUCUCCGGUAACUUUCAUGAAGAACCCUUUGUUAUGGCUGCAGACAAUGAGUAAAUGGCGUGCUACUCAUAGUGCUGCCCCCAAUUUCGCCUUUGAGCUUCUCGUGCGAAGAUUAGAGUCUAGCAAGGAGGAGAAUUUCGAUUUAUCCUCGAUGCAUUUCCUCAUGAGUGCUGCUGAACCAAUAAGGCAAACUACUCUUAAAAGGUUUGUUGAGUUGACUCAAAGUUUUGGACUCUCCCGAGAAGUAAUGGCACCGGGUUAUGGCUUGGCGGAGAAUUGUGUGUUUGUAAGCUGUGCCUAUGGAGAAGGGUUACCGGUUUUUGUUGAUUGGCAAGGGAGGGUUUGUUGUGGGUAUAUAAAACAACCAAAUACUGAUGGUGUUGACAUCAAAAUUAUUUCUCCUGAAACCGGUAAGGAGAAUGAUGAUCCUGGAAAAGAAGGAGAAAUCUGGAUCAGUAGCUUGAGUGCAGGAAUUGGAUAUUGGGGCUUGGAAGAAUUGAGCCAAAAGACAUUUGAAAAUGAUAUUCUUAGCACUCCGGGCAAAAGGUACAUCAGAACUGGAGAUUUGGGUAGAAUCAUUGAUAGCAAAUUAUUCAUAACCGGGAGGACAAAAGAUCUAAUAAUAGUUGCAGGGAAAAAUAUAUACACCUCUGAUAUCGAGAAAACAGUCGAGAGUUCAUCUGAACUUGUGCGCCCUGGCUGCUGUGCUGUGGUUGGAAUUCCCGAGGAUGUUUUGGUUUCGAAAGGGAUAUUGACUCAACGAGCUUCGGAUGAACUUGGAUUGGUUGUGAUUGCUGAAGUUCGAGAUGGAAAGCCUCUCCCGUAUGAUGUUAUGGAUCAUAUUUGUACUCGUGUUGCAGAAGAGCACGGUGUUCCUAUUGCUUCCAUUGUGGCUAUCAAACCAAGAUCCAUCAGUAAAACUACAUCGGGGAAAAUCAAACGAUACGAGUGUGCCAAAAGGUUCAUCAGUGGGACGUUAGACGUAAUAGAAGAGCAAAUGAAUGGAGAAAGAUCAUUGCCUAGAAACGAUGGAAUCAUAGUUCCAGCAAAUGGCAAAAUCAGCAAGACAGACAUUGUAAAUUUUUUGAAAGAUCUGCUCUCUCAACAGACUGGAAUUCCCGUUUCCAAGAUCUCCACUGGUGAAACUCUGGUGUCUUAUGGUGUCAACUCAAUUGGCGUGGUCCGGGCAGCUCAAAAGAUUUCAUCUUUUUUCGGAAUCAACAUUGGGGCAAUCGAUAUCUUUUCUGCAACCUGCAUCGACGACCUGGCUGAUUUCGUAGAAAGUCUCUUGGAGAAGAAUCAUCCUAUGCUCACCAAUUCAAGUGAAACAAAGAUAAGUUCAUCUGGAAUCCCUUCUGUCGUUUCAACAUUCGAUAAGAUCACCAUUUGGUUAAUUCACCUCGUGGCCCUCGCUUAUGUUUCUCUCUUGCUGAUAAUUCCUGCUUAUAUAUCAGUCUCUAUGUUUAAACCACUGAUCUUGGCAAACCAAUCACCUUGGUUUUUCUACUUCAUUUCCCUUGCAUGUGCGCCUUUUUCUUGGAUGCUAUGCAUCUUCUUAACGUGUAUUUGCACAAGGCUUCUAGGCAAUGCACUUCUUCAGCCAAACUAUGUGCUCAACCCCGAGAUCUCUGUGUGGUCAGUUGAGUUCGUAAAGUGGUGGGCACUUUAUAAGGCUCAAGAGAUAUCCUCGAAAGUUCUUGCAGUGCAUCUGAGAGGAACGGUUUUCCUCAAUUACUGGUUUAAGAUUCUGGGAGCCAAAAUCGCUUCUUCUGCUCUUAUUGACACAGUCGACAUAACUGACCCGUUGUUAGUUUCAAUCGAUGAAGAAAGUGUGAUCAGUGAAGGAGCAUUGAUUCAAAGCCACGAGGUUAAAAACGGGGUCUUGAGCUUUAGUGUUGUAAGGAUUGGCAAAAGAUCAUCGAUUGGUCCUUAUGCUGUACUUCAGAAAGGGAGCAUAGUUGGAGAUGGAGCUGAAGUUCUUGCCCAGAAUAAAAAAGCUGCAGCUAAAAUUUCGAAGCCACUAAAUGGCCACAAGGGAAAAGUAACUCGACGGAUCAGGAAGAGAAAUCAUGGAAACCAUAACUCCGUAUUUCAACUCUUUGGGAUCUACAUGAUUGGUUACCUUAACAGUUUAUCAGCAGCUAUUGCUUAUCUCGUCUGGAUUUGGUUACUGCAAAAACCUCCUUCCCUUCAUCAUUUUUUGUUCAUUUGCAUUGCCGGAGCUUUUCAUUGGUUUCCAUACAUUAUCAUCACUUUCACAGCCAUGUUCACCAGUUUGCCAGUAAGCACACUAAGCUUUGCUGGGAUGGUGGCUGCAGGUUACACUGCUCAUGGUCUCAUCUUGAGCGUCUUCACGUUUAUGUUAAACCAUUUUGUUUCUCGAAAAGGAGACACAGACAAAAUGACUCGAGAAAAAUGGAUUCUCCAUCGAAUGAAUGUUGCAUGUCACAUAAGGUUUGCUAAACUUCUUUCAGGAACAGAACUGUUCUGUGUUUAUUUACAUUGGAUGGGUGCGAAAAUUGGGCAGCAUUGUUCGAUAAGAGCCAUUAACCCUGUCGUGGAACCAGGUCUGGUUUCAGUUGCAGAUGGGGUGCAUCUUGGAGAUUUUAGCAGAAUUGUGCCCGGGUAUCACACCACAGGUGGGUAUAUCUCUGGGAGAAUUGACAUUCGAGAAAACUCGGUUAUAGGAAGUCAGGGCUUGAUCCUCCCCGGUUCUUUCAUCGAGAAAGAUGUUAUUCUCGGGGCACUCUCUGUUGCUCCACUGAAUUCUGUUCUCGAGUGUUGUGGAACUUUUGUUGGCUCUGAAAAUCUGGUUAUGGUGAGAAACCAGACGCUCCCCUUGGAUGACAGGAUCGAAGAGAUGGACCCCAAGUACAAGAAGGUUCUUGGUAGCCUUGCAGCGAACUUGGCAGCCUCGACCCUUAAGCUGAAAUCGAGGUACUUCCAUCGAAUUGGUGCUGCAGGCAAGGGAUCCUUAAGGCUCUACAACGUCUUGCCCGGUUUGCCAGAUCACAAGAUUUUCGGUCCGGGUGCUACCUAUCCUGUCAUUAUCCGGCACAGCAAUUGCUUGAGUUCUGAUGACGAUGCAAGGCUCGAUCCCCGUGGUGCAGCAAUAAGGAUCCUACCACACGAGAGAACUACUACUACUACUACUACUCCACUACUUGAUCUGACACUGAAGACGGGGAAGGCUUUUCAUGCCCGUACUAUAGGCGACUUUGCUACAUGGCUCGUUUGUGGAGCGGCUGCUCGAGAAGAGCACGUGAAGCAUGCUCCACACAUUCGUGAUGCGAUGUGGGGAUCACUGAGAAGACCGAAUUCCUACACCGAGCUGCAUUAUUACUCGAAUAUUUGCAGGCUUUUCAGGUUUAAAGAUGGGCAGGAAAUGUAUGUUAGGUUCAAGUUAAGGCCUUUUGAUGAGAAGAUUGGUGAGGAAUAUGGGGAGGUAGAGCCUAGAGGUAUACUUCCUCCAGAAACCGGUGCUAUUCCAAGAGACGAGAAUGACAAACGCCCACUGCUUUUCCUAGCUGAAGAUUUCAAAUUUCGCGUGAGUUCUCCAGACAAGGUCCGUUAUGUUCUUCAGCUGCAAAUCCAACCAAUUCCAGACGAUGAAAGGGUACGCGAGACUCUACUAGAUUGUACAAAGCCAUGGGAUGAGAAAGAAGUUCCAUACAUUGAGGUUGGGGAGAUAACUAUAGAUCAAGUCCUCACAGAAAAAGAAUCAGAAGAGCUCGAGUUUAAUCCAUUCUUCAGGUGUAAUGAAAUAGAUGUCAUCAGAGCUACUUCGUGCAACCAGAGUGCAUCAAUCGAUCAUGGGCGUUCACUGGUUUACGAAAUAUGCCAAUAUCUGAGGAACAGAAAGCCUCUCCCAGAGGCAUGGAGGAUCUUCUUAGAUCAAUCGGACGUAAAACUUGACCUCUCAGGCUGCCCUUUGGCAGCAAAACUCGAGAAUAAGGAUAUGCCUAAGGCAACACUGGCAAGACAAUGGUACGUGACGUUAUGGCUAAUGUCAGGGCAACCGUUUCUCCAAAUCGUUCUUCCAUACUUCCUCCUUGGGUUAGUGAUCUACGCCCCGCUUAACUGCCUAUUCUACACUCAUGAGAUGACACAGAUACAGAAACAGUGGCUACUCCCUCUAUGGUGGGGCGGGUCGGGAAUCUUAGCAGGGCUUGUAUGUGCUCUGAGCAAAUGGGUACUGGUCGGAAAGAAGUACAAAGGGAAGACUGAGCCAAUCUGGAGCAGAGGAAUCUUCAUGGACACCAUAUGGCAAGCCAUAAGGACAGUGACGGGAGAAUACUUCAUGGAAACAGCGACCGGGACUUUUCUGAUGGGGAUUUGGAUGAGAUUGAUGGGCUCAGAAGUGGCUCGGGAUGGAGUAUAUAUUGACAGCAUGGGAGCUACUUUGAAUCCCGACAUGGUGAGAAUUGAAGAGUAUGGAAGUGUGGGAAGGGAAGCUUUGCUUUUUGGCCACAUAUAUGAAGGUGGAGGGGAAGUGAAGUAUGGGAGGAUUAGUGUUAAGAAUGGAGGAUUUGUGGGCAGUAGAGCUGUGGCAAUGCCUGGAGCAACCAUAGAUAGUGGAGGUAGCCUUGGAGCACUGUCACUAGCCAUGAAGGAAGAGAUUAUCAAAUAAAUAAUAAGAGAAGAAUUUUACGAUGUCCCGUGCUUAGGAGGAGAGUACAACUUUGUUAAACACAAAGUGCACUUCAAAAGAGUCUCCAUUGCAUUAUGGACAGCCUUGUAGUCUUGGCAGAAAGUUGAAACUUCUGACAUCAGUGUUAAUAUUGCAUGUAUGGAAGCUAUGUACUAUGAAAUAAAGUUCUAAUCUUAUGAAUCA